AUGGCGGCUGCUCAGACUAAUCGAACAGCCAAGGAUUUCAUUCUCUUCGAUGAGCCUGGCCCCUUCACUGUAGCACCUCCCGCACCCGCAGUAUCUAGCGCAGAGUGGAGUCUGAUCGCUCAGCCCAUGGGCUGGUCAGCCUCACACAGCCAGGCUACAGGACCUAUCGGCUCUGUUGCGCACACCGGAGCAACGCCGACGAGCGUACCCGCACAAGUCGGGGUGUAUGCGCCUAUGGCUACCUCAAGCAAUGCGCCGUCACUGGCCACACGUCCAGGUAUGGAGAGCAAUGCUUCAUUCACUCAGUACCGCAACAAUCCUGGUCCAAGCGAAUCGCCUUUUUCGAGCCCAGCAACGCGGCCUGAGGAUGACUUCAGCUCUUCUCCUGCGAACAGUACUCUUGAUCCGCGUUCCGGUCUGCCAAACAAGAAGCGCGCAAGAGGUCACGCGCACAGCAGCAGCUGGGGAGGAUCGAAUAGCGGGCCUGCAGGCAUGGGAUAUGGUGAAUAUGGCGCGCGGCCAAGCGCAAAUCGCUUCUCGCACCCCGCAGUCCCUGGCUUGGGUGUCCAGCCUUCACCAGAGACCUUUGGGCAAUUAGGCUUUCCUUUCGGCGGGGAAGGCGAUGCUAGUGGCGAAGGUUUUGGUAGCGGCUUGCAGGGCCUCUCGCUAGGCGAUCACGGCGGUAGCAUGGGCUUCUCCAGCCUGUUCCCCGAGGUCGACGAGCAAAGCACCAGCAACAACCCGGGGCACGGCGCGACAUCGGAGCAGCAGCGGCAAGCUCAUGCUCUCCUCGCAAUGAGCAUGGCGGCCACAUCGUCAUCCUCAUCUGCAGCCCCUUUGGCGGCUGUGAAUGGAGUGGGCCAGCCCAGCGAGAUGUACGGACAAAGCAUCACUUACACGCCCACAGAACCUAUGGAUGGAGUUACCCCAACGCCUGCCAACUAUGCACGCCAACGUCAAUUCCUACAGUCUCGCGAAGAUCUUUCUGGAGUGGAUCCGCGUGCUCUGCGCGGGCCAUUGCGCAGUGCCCAACAAAGUCUGCAAGGCGCCUCAAGCGAGCCAUCCAGCCUUGACAGUCAUUGGCAAUACAGCGGUGCCCAACCAGCGAUGUUUGAUCCGCGCGCCCUCAACAUUGGACAACCGACACGUCCAGAGCCUCCUGCGCGUCAGCGAAGCGGCAGUCUGGACUCAAAGAUGGCAACACAACACUCUGACUGGAGCAACGACCCUGCGUCGCAAUCGAUGCCACCGCCUGCCCAUGGCCCUGCGAGUUGGAAUAACCUCGCCGGCCAAUUGCAACACAUGUUCGCUCCUGGCUCUGUCCCGCAGUCGCAAGGCAUGACGAGGGCUCAAAGCAGUCAGAGCCCUGGCACUCAGAGAAAGAUUUCCAAGCAGAAGAGGGCGUCUAUUGAUCGACAGAAUCCAGCUUCCGGUGCACGCCCGCCUAUGGUUCGUGACCGCAGCGGACUGACUGUCAGUCCACAGGAGACUCUCCUUGACUACCAGCCUCCACACGGGGCGACGUACAGCCUCUUCAAUGUCGGUGUACCUGGCUUGGCCGAGUCAAUCGCCGCAGCGAAUGCUGCUCGACUCAGAGAAUCCUCAUCAUCUUCAUCUCCUUCGGAAGGAGGACCCGAUACGCCGCAAGCGUCAUCAUUCUCGAAGCGCAAUCCCCUCGACCGCAACGACACUGCGCGACCAGGACUGCAGCAGUUUGCGCACCCAGAGGACCGCCGACGCUCGUCGACAGCUAGCGAAACACUGAGCAAUGACGAUGCUUCCCAGAGUAGCGGCAGUGGUCCAAGCUUGUUCAGCCCCUCGGCAGCUCAUUUCGGAACAUCAUCCACCAUCGACGAAGAUGCCACGUACCACCCCCGCCGGGUGCCAAGCAAGCGCAGUGACAGAAACUCGCAGCUUUCGGCGCAUGGUGCCGGGCCGAGAUUUGGUGACGUCUCUUCCAGCUCGAGCGAAUCGGAAAGCGACGCCGCAGGGUCGCUCAGAGGACGCGGGCUGCCAGGUACAGCCGCCACUGCGAUGCCUGGUCAGCGCAUGCACGGCAUGACCGGUUAUGGCCAAAUGGCGGGCAGCUCGGAGUCUGGCAUGAGCAUUCAACCCUCAGUGCUGGCAGCCACCAGAAACGGCAAUGGUCACAUUACCGGCCAUCAAGGUCAAGGCUGGCGAAGUCGCAGUGCGAGCACGAGUCAGAGUCAAGAUGACGAUGGCAGUAUCAGCCCAUCUAUCCGCAGCUCUGCCCAGGCUAUACCUGCACCGCACGGAUUUCCUGGCGGUCAGUAUGCGCCAACACCACCACCACCACCACCAGCAGCAGCCCCACGUGAUCGAAGCCGGUCGCGCACCAGAAAAUCGACCGCAGAGAGCGUUGGCGAUCUUGGCGCGGAUGACGACGACGACGCUUGGGAGGACGGCACUUCUGGGGAAGACCCCAGCGAGGAAGGAUCAGACUAUGCCCCGGACGUCGGCACCCACCCAGGCGGCGGUGCCGGCGUCCCUACAGGACGAACAAAGGGCAAAAUCGCAUCACAGAAGCGUCGACGUCCAAAGGGUCCCAGCAGGGGUCCAUCUAGCGGCGGCGGAGGUCCUUCGAGUUCCGCAAUGCACUCGGCAGCGAACGCUGCGGGCAUCACAAAGUGCGACUACGUCUCUCACAGCACUGGCGAGCUCUGCGGCACAGAAUUCCACCGACCGUAUGAUCUGGCUAGGCAUCGCGAGACGAUUCAUGGAAAAGAAGAGGCUGCCUUGCUCAGACAGGGCGUUAUCACCAAGGAACAGUGCAGGGUUCUCUACAAGGAGGUCGACCCCGCCAAGAGUCUCGCUACUGUAGAGUGGAGGUGCGACGGCAGAAAUGGCUGUGGUAGCGUCUUUAGCCGAAAAGAUGCUUUGCUUCGCCAUCGAAGGAUCCGAGGUCAUCUCAAAUGA